CACAGAUGAAAAAAUAUUUAUAUAGGUAAUAUACAGCAAUGCUUCUGGAGAAAGUCAAAUUUGAUUUAAGAAUAUUUAUACUGUAUAUUUUGCGUGUGACAUUGGCAAUUUCUUUUUGAACAGUUAUUGAUUUGGCUUUUGGAAUCUCAACAUUUACUGUAAUUAAAUAAUUGUUGUCCGACGACCCCCAUAACUUCCCACAGGUCUGAUCGUUGAAAUUAUAAACAUUGAAAAAAGAGCUUAAAAAUAAAUAUCGAUAUCAUUUAUUGAAAUUAAAAGAAAGAAAUAGACAAAAUGAAUUUUGUCAAACCCCCUUAACAGCAAUCACAAUAUGCUUGAGGGUGGAAAUUCACAGCUAAGGCACCCAACCUUAAUUCUGCCAUGUAGUGACACCAGGCAAGUGCCAGGGCUACGAAUUAGGCAUUUUAGUGUAUAAAGUUCCAGAUUAGAUCAUACCAAUUUGUAAAGACACCUGAGAUCUUUCCCUCAGGAUAUCACGUUCACUAGUUUUUUUUUUAUUUUUCUAUUGGUUAUUCCCAGAAGUCAAUAGAUAAAUAACAUUCUAUCAGUUAUGUAGUGUCUAUAAUUUUGCACUAGGGGCCAGGUCCUUGGAGAGACGGAACCUUGGUUUCAUUUUAACUUCUCCAUGCUCAGCAGCUUCUGGAAUUUGGUUCAAAGUAUUUACAUGUUUCCCUGUCCUGUUCUUAAAAGUGCUGCUAUAGAAAGUGGGGAAGGGCAGGAACUGACUGCAGGAUCAAUAGCUGAGUCCCUUAGAUAUUUAUAGCUCAUCGGAAGGAGGACGGGGAUUGGUGGGUGUCUGGGGAUUUAAUAAUAAACACACAAAUAUUGUUCUUAGUGAAUUUUCAUCUUCUAAUUCCCAUAACCCACUAAUUAUCCCUGGCUGUCCCUGGAGGUCUGGGGAAGGAGUACUAAUAAACUCCUUUGGCCAGUGUGGAACCUAAGGCACAAGGAUCUUUCAGUGGCUGGCUCAAAGUCACCCAGAAUGAAAUUCACUUCACAGGAUAAACCCCUAGUUGCUGGGAUCUGCAGAGGGGUGGGGAGGUGACUUCCAUUCUUGAGCAUGGACCCCCUUUAAUUCUCACCCCAAUCUCAUACACUACCCCAACCUUCCCCUGCACUGAUGGACCCACUUGAUGCUUCCAAAGCCAUCUGCCAUAGGACCUGGAGGGGACAGAGGCCCAGCUCCAGAAAUACUACCUGUGCCCACAGCCCCCAUGCUGUGCUAGAGUUGCCCUGACUUUCCACUCUGCAGAUUGGUUUAGCUGUACCCAGCCCGUGCAUCCACCACACACAAACUUUGUCACAACACACAUCCCAGGAUUGGGAAAGACCAUCUGGGGCUGUCUGUAGUCUCCCUUUGCUGCUGUCAGAGGAAUGGGGUGGUCCCUCAUAUAGGACACAAACAUACCCAGGGGCAGAAGGGAAAUGUAGUUUCUUCCAGGGGUUUGAAAACGUUUGAUUUAGAGUCCUGAGCUCUGUCUUCCUGUUUCUCCUUCUGCCACUUUCAGAUCUCUUGGAGAGACAAGGUAGGCUACAGAAUAACGUCCACAUUUUGCUCCAGAUCAUCCCAUCCUCCCAGGGGGAAGGAAAUGGCUGCAAUGGAGCUGGCUCAGGGGCCGGUGACUUUCGAGGAGGUGGCUGUGUAUUUCACCAGUGGAGAGGGGGCUCUGCUGGACCCCGCUCAGAGAGCCCUCUACAGGGAUGUCAUGAAGGAGAACUAUGAGACGGUGGUCUUUCUGGGGUUACCAGUUUCCAAACCUGAUGUGAUCUUGCAGCUGGAACAAGGGGAAGAGCCGUGGGUCCCAGACCUCUACGGCUCUGAGAAAAAAGUGCUCCUGAGAGCUGCCUGCACAGAGAGUGACCUAUGUCUGGAUUCUCUCUGUCUCCCAUCAGGUGUUGGGAUGGUGAGUGAGAAUGAGGAGAAUCCCCAGCAGGAAGAUGCUGAGCAAGUAGAACCACAUGGGAUGUUAUCAGGAAGAUCCAAAGGGAAUUUUUCUGGGAGUUGUGAACUCUCAGAAAAAGCAAAAGCCUGUGAGACUCAGCAGAGGCCAAAGGAAAACUUAAAUAGCCACUCUGACCUUAUUACACACGAGAGAAUCAACUUGGAAGAGAUACGCUACACAUGCCACGAGUAUGGGAAAAGCUUCAAUGGGAGCUCAGACCUUUUCACAUAUCAGGGAAUCCACAGAGGAGAGAGACCCUACAUGUGCUCUGAGUGUGGGAAAUGCUUCAAUCGGAACUCACACCUUAUCUCACAUCAGACAGUCCACACGGGUGAAAAACCUUAUGAAUGCUCUGAGUGCGGGAAACGCUUCAAUCGGAGCUCAUACCUUAACACACACAGGAGAAUCCACACGGGUGAGAAACCUUAUGGAUGCUGUGAGUGUGGGAAAGGCUUCAGUUGGAGCUAUGCCCUUAUCGCACAUCGGAGAAUCCACACAGGAGAGACACCCUACACAUGCUCUGAGUGUGGGAAAAGCUUUAAUCGGAACUCACAACUUAUCACACAUCGUAGAAUCCACACAGGAGAGAAACCCUAUACGUGCUCUGAGUGCGGGAAAUGCUUCAGUCGGACGUCAGCCCUUAUCACACAUCGGAGAAUCCACACAGGAGAGACGCCCUACACAUGCUCUGAAUGUGGGAAAAGCUUCAAUCAGAGCUCAAACCUUAUCACACAUCGGAGAAUCCACACUGGCGAGAUGCCCUACACAUGCUCUGAGUGCGGGAAAAGCUUCAAACAGAGCUCUAGCCUGAGCAGACAUCAGAGAAUCCACACAGGAGAGAGACCCUACACGUGCUCUGAGUGCGGGAAAAACUUCAUUGAGCGCUCAGACCUUGUCAGACAUCGUAGAAUCCACAGUGGAGAGAGUCUCUGCGUGUGGGAAAAGCUUAAAUCAGAGGUCAUUCCCUAUUAGACAUCAGAAAAUCCAAAUGGGAGCAAACUGUAAGAAAUGCCUUGAUUAGGGCUGGCCAAAGAUUUGUUUGUUUAAAAAAAAAAAUCACACUUGCUAAUUCCAAUAUAGUGAUCUUUGUACCAUCUUCACCGAGUUCUCUCAGCUCCCCCAGAUGAGUUGCCUGCUUCUGCCUUUUGCAGCUCACCCUUCUUUGGGGUCAGUCCUGUGAUCUUUUCUAUCAACUCCUUUCCUUUUGAGUCAUAGGUGUGUGUGUCCCUACAGCCAGGAAUGUUCAUCAGCUCCAGGUGCGGGAGAGAGGGUUGAUUCCAUCAAGCUACACUGAGGCAAAAACUACCUGUGCCUUACAUCCACCAGGACUGUACAUGGCAUUGGCUGCUCAAGUUAGUGAUCUUGGUGUAAAAAGACAAUUAUAGUUGUAGAGCAGAUGCAGCCCAGGUGCAGUGGUUGGUAUUAGCUUUCCCCUUGACCUGUGCUAAACUCCAUGACUUUUCCUAGUCUAAACAAACCCUGAGCAUCAUGGUUAUACUGUUCCCCCAGUUCAAAGCAAUUGCUAGUCAUCAAGUUCCCCCUUGGGGAACAAAUUGUUUCAUUCCCAGUUGCUCUGAUGUUGCUUCAGGUUGUGCUGGAGAGCAGAUAUUUUUAUUACCGUUUUCCUCACUUAAAAUAUAUUGAACUAUAACAAAGAGCAGGAACAGGACAGGGAUAGGGAAAAAUGUCAUUUCACUCGCUGUAACAACAGAAGAAGCUAGGGUAAGUCAGAGGGAUUCCCUUAUUUCCCAUCACCAUCCCAACCCCCCUGUUGUUCAAUUGGUUAGGUCAAUAUUUUUUCUAAAGGGGUGGGAAGAGGAUUCCUUAUUAAAUGACAUGUAAAAUACCCAUGCAUUGGGCUCCCAAAACAGUUGUGCCUCAGGCCCUGCAGGAGGUCGCUCCUGAAGAUAUCUCCUUCCUAAUCAGGUGCAUGUUGCUUAUUAUUUGGGAAAUGCAAUCCCUUUCUGGAUAGAGAUGGGAAAAAUGGAAGUGACGUUUCUGUUCAGCUCACCCCUGGGAGAUGCUGCAAAUUUGUAAAAAAUGGAAUCUGUGGUGAAUGUGGUAUAGCUGCAGAAAGAUAACUAUUUUUAAUAGAUACCUGACAUUUGUUGUCUUACCGGGAUUCUAAACCACACCUGAUUUUAGUCCCUAAUUUAAAUCUGUGCCACCAGAUUAAAGAAAUAAAAAGGCAUAUUUGGGGGAGUUAUACUUCACUAUCGCUACUGAUAUGUUGUGUGGUUGGUGAAGAAUUCUACUCCAGAGACUUGGACUAAUUUUAUACUUAAGGUCAAAGAUUUAAUAAGGACUCAGGUAGAAGUUGCAGGUACUAAUGGUUGAUUUUCACCCCAGAUAUGGAAGCUAUGGUAACCUGUGGCCCAGGUAAACUAUUUUUAGAACACUGCUCCCUAGUUAAGUGACAUUGAUCACAGUCCUAAAAGAUGCCAUGAUUAAAUUGGGAACAACUGUCUUUUACCAUUUGGAUCCAAAGUUAGAUGAAGCACAGAGAGAAACAGCUGAUUCCUUCAGAGCCAUUCCAUGCCUAUGGGUCCCAAUCUGGCUGCCUUGUUAGACAAGAAGCACUUCCAUGCUGGACAAAUGAUGGUAGCCAAUAAGGGAUGUCAGAAGCAGGAGCAGGCUGACCCAGAGGCGUAUUUGAGUAGAUGGGCUUCUUUAUUGCGGUACUUGUUCCCCUGGAACCAAUUAUCCAGUAAGCACUGAAUUAGUUACAGCACGCUCUUUUUUUUUUUUUUUUUAGGUUAGUAUGUACACGCCUACAUUCAUUACAACACCCCAAAACCCCUUAUUAAGUAAUAGAAAUACCCGCUGUUAGUAAACCCACCUCUGUCUAUUGCUCAUAGCAUUACACAUACUUUUACCUUGAAAAUACAUUUCUUUGCAACAAUUUGUUGCCAUAAAUCUUUAUCCUCAGCAGUUCCCAGGCGAGGGAGGAAGGGGCUGUGAACAGUUCUCAAGGGAGGCGGGGGAAGGGGCCCUAAACCCAGGCUGGUUCAUGUAGCUGGGAAAGGGAGGGAGGGGAAGAUAACAUUCCUUUUGCUUUCUUCUACACAAAGGGCAUUUUUCUGCAGCCUCAUCUUUAUUAAUCUUUAUGAGCAACAGGGAAGGGAAGAAUCUGGCAACUUGCAUUUUAAACAAAGAAAUACUGAAAAAUUUGCAACUUAUAUAUUAGAAACAAAACUAUUGCCUACAUAUGCCUUUGUCCACUAAUACCAUGUCAGCACAUUAGCAGCUUAUUGUUAUACUUAACCCUAAAAUAUCCCAACAAGGGAAUGUAUCAGAUUCCAAGUUCAGACUGCAGGAUACAUGAAUGUUGAGUCCUGACUCUGUGGUUUCGUGUCUUAGUUUUGCUAUUUAGUCUUAUGCAUUUGUAUCACUUCUCCACCUCCUGCUAGUCUGAAAGAUUAGAAAGUGUGAAAAUAGAGCACAAGUGGGUUUUUCUCAUAAUGCAACCUUCCCACAUAGUGUCAGACCCCCUUCCACCCAUACUUACGGGAGAAGACCCAGGGAGAAAUGAACUCACAGAAAUGAAAGGGUCCUAGGUUAUUGAAGAAGGUGACUUCACACAAAACUCACUGGAUGGAAAUGGGAAUUAAGACAAAACUGCCCUAUAGGUUUAUAUUUUGUAAUCUUUGAAUAAGUUGUUACCAGCGACAAUGAAAUUAAACAUGAAUUAGUGUAACACUGAAAGUUAUCACAUAAUCAGGUUUUCUUCUAGUUCUCUCCUACUAUAUUGGAAAUGGUGGCUAAUCCUGAAAUUAAAACCUCACUCCAAAGGAAUUAGAGUGGGAGAAUAUUUGAGAGAAUUGCAUGAACGAGAAUAGAGACCCAGUAUAGAUUAAUAAUUUCUAUUUCAAAUGGAAUUUAUUUUGAUCAAUUUUCAAAUCAAUCUUCUGUUAAGAGGAAAUUUACUCGAGACAAGAGGUGUAACCUUUUAUCCAGUUAGAGGGUAACAGCCACAGAGUUCUCCAGGUCUCUUGUUUGCAAAGCAAAGAUGUCACAUCAGGCAGGAGAUGUCAGAAUCUAAAAUGGUGAUGGAUGUGUGAUGGUAGCUUUUCUGGGUUGGUGUUUUGUUUUGUUUUUUUUAAUGUAAUUUUUGUUUUGUUUUUUCAACCAGUUAUUUUUAUAGGUGCUGAGGCCCCUUUUCCUUUUGAGCACACCUGUUUAACCCUCAGGCCUGGCUCUAAGAACAGGAGUACUUGUGGCACCUUGGAGACUAACAAAUUUAUUUGAGCAUAAGCUUUCAUGGGCUACAGCCCACUUCUUGUUACUGAGUGACUAGAGAGGUUGAA